AUGGAAAACCUCACGCCAGAGCAAUGGCGCGAGAUUAUGAACAAGAAGAUGCAGUUCCCCCCGGAGCUCAUCGGUGCCAUUCAGGAAGGGAAAAUCGAGCUUCUGUGUGGACUGCUGAAAACUGGCGAUGGCAUCAUCCGCCAGCUGGACGAAUCCGAGGACCGCCAGUGGAGAGAGGCCCUCAACCUGUCCAUCCGCCUUGGAAAUGAAGACGCCAUGGACGCCCUCCUGCAGGGGGUCAAGUUCGACUUCCGUCAGAUUCACGAGGCUUUGCUGGUCGCCGUGGACACCAACCAGCCCAGAGUGGUGAAGCGCCUGCUGGACCGGCUAGACCAAGAGAAAGGCAACAAGAUGGAUGUGCGCUCCUUCUCUCAGGCCAUCUUUGACCACUCCAUUGACAACUCCCAGUUUGCCCCCGGUGUGACUCCUCUGACUUUAGCCUGCCAGAAAGACCUGUAUGACAUAGUGACCAUGCUCACCCUAAAAGGCCACAUCAUCCAGUGGCCACAUAAGAUCUCCUGCGCCUGUCUGGAGUGUCGUAACGGGCGGCAGUACGACCUGCUGAAGUUCUCCUUGUCUCGUAUCAACACCUACCGUGGAAUUGCCAGCCGAGCCUUCUUGUCCAUCACCUCCGACGAUGCCAUGCUCACCGCUUUCAGUCUCAGCAGAGAGCUCCGCAAGCUCUCACAAAAAGAGCCUGAGUUUAAGCCUCAGUACCUGGACCUGGAGCAGCUCUGUCAGGAUUUUGCCGUUGAGUUACUGGGCAUGUGUCGCAACCAGAGCGAGGUGACCACGAUACUCAACAGCUGUGGAGACGAGAGCCAGGAUGCCUUAAAUCAGCAGGCCUUCGAGGAGGGGAUACCCAACCUGUCACGACUGCGGCUUGCUGUUAACUACAACCAGAAGCAGUUUGUGGCACACCCAAUCUGUCAGCAGGUGCUCUCAUCGAUCUGGUGUGGGAACCUGGAAGGAUGGAGAGGCAGCAGGACUGUCUGGAAGCUGUUUGUCUCUGUGGGGAUCUUUCUCACCAUGCCGUUCCUCUGCCUCAUCUACUGGAUUGCACCAAAAUCAAAGUUAGGAAAGAUCCUGAGGAUUCCUGUGAUCAAGUUCCUCCUCCACUCUGCUUCAUAUCUGUGGUUUCUCAUUACAUUACUCGGAGAGUCGAUAACAAUGGAGAUGUAUCGAGACAAAUUUGCCUCCAGGCAGCAGAACAUCCUGCACAGCUCCUUCCACAUGGUGUGGGUGGUUGGAUUCUUCUGGUACGAGUGUAAGGAAGUGUGGAUCGAGGGGCUGCGGAGUUACUUCCUGGAUUGGUGGAACUGCUUGGACAUGAUGGUGCUCAGCAUGUACCUGGCGUCCUUCGCUUUACGUGUGCUCAUCAUGCUCAAAGGCUACUUCCUCUGCCAUGAACUCAGCGGCACAGAGGAGUGUGUUUAUUUCACCCAGACUGUGCGUAAGGACUGGCAUCAGGAGGACCCCCAGCUGAUUGCAGAGGUGCUGUUUGCAGUCACCAGCAUGUUUAGCUUCACACGGCUGGCCUACAUCCUGCCAGCCCACGAGUCUCUGGGAACUCUACAGAUCUCCAUAGGAAAGAUGAUUGAUGACAUGAUGAGAUUCAUGUUCAUUCUGAUGAUCAUUGGAACAGCCUUCCUCUGUGGCAUCAACAACAUCUAUGUUCCUUAUGUCAUCUCUCCACAUCUUGGCAAGUUUAAUGAGACGUUCCACUUCUUAUUCUGGACCAUGUUCGGUGUGGCCAACCAGGACUACGUGGACAUGCCACAGUUUGUGUUGGCAGAGUUUGUCGGGAGGAUUCUCUACGGCAUCUUCACGCUCGUCAUCGUCAUCGUCCUGCUCAAUAUGCUCAUUGCUAUGAUCACCAACUCUUUUCAGAAAAUUGAGGAUGAUGCAGAUGUUGAGUGGAAGUUUGCCCGGUCAAAGCUGUACCUCAGUUACUUCAGAGAGGGCCUCACCAUGCCUGUGCCCUUCAACAUCAUCCCCUCACCCAAAGCUGUCUUCUACAUCUUGAGGGGUAUCUUCAGAAGAAUCUGCUGCUGCUGCACCUGUAAUUCUGUACAGAAAUAUCCCCCUAUAGUCUCUAGCUCCAAUGACAAGGGAUCUGAGGAGACCCAGUUACCAUACCGGCAGCAAGUGAUCAGGGCUCUGGUGCAGCGCUACAUCGAGUCGGCUCGAAGAGAGUUUGAGGAGGCCAAGAGGAAAGACAUCGGUAAUCGCAUCACUGAGCUAAACAAAGCGAUCUGCAGGAUGCACGGUGACAUUAAGGGGAUUCAGCAGCUGCUGAUGGAGGACGAACACUUUGCAAGUGAUCCAGUGAUGACAAAGGAGGGCUCCUCCAUACUGGGGAAAUACAUCAAUGGUGCCAGGAACAAUUUCAGAGGUUUUAACUGCAGACAAGAGGACAAAAACACAUCACCUAAAGUGACAGUGCACCAGGAAGAGGGGGAUAAAAGAAAAGUUGACUCAGACACAAAACAGGAGACAGACACGCAGCAGAAUCAGGUGGGAAAAUGUGGCGCGGAGGGAUCGAAGCUGGUGGCAGACUGUGAAGUAGUGAAAAUGGAGGAAGGCAGAGUUAAAGUAGAGUGGAGAGAUGAGAGGCAAACUGAGAAAACAGAGCAUUUGGAAGCAGAAAAAAAUGAAAACACUGACAUUAAAGUGAAAAGGGAGGGGACGGCAGGGACCAGUUUAAAUAAUGUUGAAGUAAAGGCGAAAGGUGAGGCCACAAAGGAUGAGGCGGAGAAAAUAAGGGAUGCAGAGAGACUCAGAGAGGCCACUGCUGGACAAGCUGAGAGUGUCCCAGUCAGUAAUGAGAAGACAGACAUAAAAAAAAUUGUAAACAAGUUGAAAGACAUAGAGCUGCAAGAAAAAAAAGCAGAGGUGAGAUGGGUGAAGGAUAUAAAGUUCGAGCACAAGGCAACAGAGAAGUCUGGCGUCAGGGAGGGCAACGACAAACCCAGCGCGAAGAAAACCAUUCCCUCGCCGUCGGGCAGUAACAGCUCCCAGGACACAGGCUUUGGUUCACAGGAAGGGGAGGGAUCCAUCGAUGGGUCGCUAGUGACACCGUAACCUUAGUGACGUCCCAGUUCAAAGAUCAGGCUGACUUUUUCAGGGUUGGGCCUUUUUUUGUCACCUUAUCCAAUAUUUGUGGAGAGGUUUGUGCUUCGGCUGCACAAAUUAACACUGACUGCAGGGAGAUAUGUGACUUCAACAGACAGCAGCAGUUUGUUUUUUUCCCCCUGAAGCUCUUUCAUCUCAACUCUCGUAGUGACGGGCCUAAAGGUGGUGAUUUUAUUUCUACGUUUUUCAGCAGCUAUAGACCAAAUAUAUUGACUGCACCUCAACCCCUC